CACCGCAUACCUGGGCGACAAAACCAGCUGGGGAAGCGAGCUCAGUGGAGGGACCGGGCUGGCCGGGCGGGCCGCGUGCAACCUAGCGGUCGCAGGGCCUCUGCAGGAAGAGGUACUGGAGCAGAAAGGAGGACAGCGAAAAGAAGGACAAGAGAGGAUAGUGGAGAGGACGGCACGUGGCAGGAGUGGUGAAGGGAAGGCGUUGUGAUCGGUGAAGAGAGAGUGGGUGGUGACAUUGCGAAAGGUGGCGAAUUUGGGGUUCUUUGCGCUCCAGCGUUCGCGAGCGGCGGAGUGACUGGUUUGACAUGGCUGACGUGUGCUGACGUGUGCUGACGGUCGCUGAGCCACUGACAGCGGUGACCUGGGUACUCGGGAACAAGUUUGGCUACCCGCUGAAUCAGCCAUUGUGCGUAGGCAAACGUCAGCGAUUUCGGCGAGGUAUUUUGCUCGUCGGGAAGUCGAGAAAUAUCCAACUAGUUGCGUAGAAAGUUCACCAUCCGUGACGCUCUCGAACCUCGCGUCUCACGUGACAACGCUGUGACGUCAGAGAACUGUGACGUCAUCGUGAGCUCUGUUGUCUUUCGUCUUACCAUUGUGCUCAACGCCCAACUCGCCGGCUAUCUCAAAACAUCCUACCCACACCGCUCUCUGCGCCUGCGGCCAGCUUUGUUUACGUAUUGUGCCGAGCCUCGUGGCAAGAUCGUCUCUGAUUGGCGGCUGGGCCAAGGUCAAACAGUGCUGCCAGACCCUGGGGGCGUGGCGUCUGAAGUGGUCUGGCGUGAGAGCACUGGACUGCGUCGGCUAGUGACCAGUGACCACAGGCGACUGAACGAGUGUAGCUUGUGCUCGGAGACGCGAAAGAAGUCUGAAGAUGGCUCUGUAAGCCAACUAAAUGGUACAAACGACUGCGACGCUCAAGAGCAGUGAACUGACAGAGAAGGAUUUCAACAAGGACCUUUGUGAUUAGUGAAAUUUAAAGCAAAAGAAGUGCAGUGCGAGACAGUGGAACGAAGGAAGUGGUUUUCGAACUGUGAGAGACGUAAUCUACAGUGUAUUGAGGACUGAAAAACACCUGGCACCCGAAGUUGCUUGGGACUGCCCAUCUAGCAUAGUCUUCUGUCGUCACCAACAACGGCUUCCAGCAUCCUCAUCAAGGAUCGUCCCCGCAUAGCUGGGACGUUUGAAGUGCGCGUUAGUGCCGUUCCUUCUCCUGUACUUCGUCUUCGCGUCACACCCUCCACGAUGGCGCCUCCUGCUGCCCCAUUGGAUUCAGCACCUCUGACUGUGCGAGCAGCUCGCGCUUACUUGCGCCUCCUGCAGUCCAGCCCCAUCCUCACCAAGUCGGUCUCUAGCGCCAUCAUCAGCGCUCUGGCCGAUCUCUCGGCUCAGACAAUCCUCCGCAACAAGCGUUUCAACCUCUCCAGCGCCGGCAACUACGCCCUGAUGGGCCUGGUCAUCACAGGACCGGCCACCCACCACUUCCACCGUCUUCUAGAUCGAUGGCUUCCUCCGACUCUUCCAGCAGCGGCAUUUCUUCGUCUCGCUGCCGACAGGCUCCUCUUUGGACCUGUGUUCCUUCUCGUAACGCUAUACGUCCUCAACCGUCUUGAAGGACAUUGUCAUGACAGCACUGUCUUCAUGUUGAAGAACGGCUUCUUGCCGAUGUUCAAGGCGAACCUCAAGUUCUGGGUUCCGUUGUCGUACAUCAACGUCAACUACGUGUCGCAGGAGUACCGCGUGCUGUUCGGCAACGUCUGUGCCUUCUUCUGGAUCAUCAUCAUGGCGAGCAAGAGGAGGAGGGCGGCGCUGCGAGAGGCUGCCAGGAGAGACCGUGAGGAGGAGGAAUGAGGAUGCUGGAGAGGAAUGAGGACAAAGGAGGACUGGAGACUGGAGUGACACGGGCUGGGAAGGCGACGAUGGAGUUGGCUGGGAAUUGGAGUCUGUGCUCAAGGGAACGUGGAGAGAUUUGAAAGAAUGAUACAUGUUUUACUCGUUUUGAACGUAAGCAGUGUAUGAAAGUGCAUACUACAUUAUAUGUAAGUGGAGAAUGUGUUUAAAUAUGCAGCACAUGUAGGCAUGGUGGGUAGGAACUCGAAUGUUUAUUUUGGAACACGAACUGAGCGCUCACGAUAGAAUGGAACCGCGGUCUGUUGGCAGAGCGGGAGUUACAAAUGUGGGCAAACUGUGACACUGUUGUGAGGGACCAAGCUCGCUUGAGUGAUUUGCUAUGAAGCGACUCAGCCAACUCACCUAUGCUCGCUGACAUGUCACGUGAUGUCACCGCUGUUGGCCGGACUUUGCCCGCUUUCCAAGCCUGGUUGACGAAAGCCCCGGAUGUAUGUUGAGUAACAACAAUCACGUGACCGGAAAAGCGUAGGCGCUGUAAGCACAUGCUGUGGAUGAAACUCGGUCGGAGGUCGUUCACCCCCGAGUAAUUGGUGUAAUUAGCAAUUAUCCCGAUGGCUGGUUUAUAAGUAUGCCGUUUCAAGCUGCACUUGUUUUCAGGUCGCGAACCGCCGCUGUUUUUUAGCGCUGGUACGGACCGUUUUAUCUGUUAUUGUGAUCUUAUGGUGGUGUGUUGGUGAAAAUAUACACAUAAACGGGCUCGAUGGAAA